CAUCUCAGAUCUCAAUGAUGCUCAAUCAAAUUUGAACCAACUCACAAUGGUGCUGAACCAACUCACAAUGGUGCUGAACCAACCCAUAAUAGUGCUGAACCAACUCAUAAUGGUGCUGAACAAGAUCAUAAUGUUGAUAAAAAUAGAGUGCAAUCAGAUGUUGACAGUAGUGACUCGCAAGUAGAUGUUCUUCCUGAAUAAGAUGAUUCAGAGGUUGAUAAUGAAUUGAGAUUUUUAAGGGCUGAAAGGAGGAGCACGAGGCAAGGUAAGCAGAGGAAAAAACCAAUUGCAACAAAAACGAUACCACUAGGAGAAACAGGUAUUGACAGAGGAUUUGAGGAUAUUGGAAGAAACAAGGCUUCCAGAUAUGUAGGUAAUUUAGGGGGGGAUGAGCAGUUUAUUGAUAGUUCAGAGGCUGAUAGUGAAGAUAGCAUAGAAGAGUUAGAUCCUAAAGUUAUUCCUGGUGUUGAUAUACCAGCAAAAAGGAGGAGUACAAAAGUCAGGUAUGAUCCUAAUUGUGAAGUUGCUAUAUUUGAACUUGGGAUGAUUUUUGAGAAUGCUAUAGAGUUUCGGAAAGCAUUAGCAAAUUAUGCAAUUGAGUACAAGGUGCAAAUUAAAUUGAGACCAAAUGAACCACAUAGGGUGAGGGAUAAGUGUAAAUCAAAGAGAUGCAAAUAGAUGUGCUAUGCCUGUAUUGAUAGAGAUUCUGGUGAUUUUAAAGUAAAAAACUAUUACCCAGUACACAAAUGUGAUACUUCAAACAAGAAUAAGUUAUGUACUUCAAAGUUUGUUACAAAAAAAUUUAAAGAUGAAAUAACUAAGCAGCCCCACAUAAGGACAUGGGAAAUACAGGAAUUGUGCAGGGACAAGCUAGGAUUGUAUAUUGGCAAGACAAUUUGUUAUAGGGCUAAAUUGUGUAUACUCAGAGAGUCUAUGGAUGAUUGGAAUAUGGAGUUUGCAAAGUUAUGUGAUUAUGUUGAUAUGAUAAAACAGACCAAUCCUGGUAGCUCAUGUUGGGUAAGGAUAAACAGUGAAACUGAGCCAGAAAAAAAAUUAUUUAUUUACUUUUAUGUGUGCUUUUAUGCAUUGAAGAAAGGUUGGUUAGAACGAUGUAGGAGAAUCAUAGAUUUUGAUGGUUGUUUCUUAAAGGGUGCUUGUAAACGUGAUCUUAUGUGAAUUCAUUAGUGUGUGAGGAUUUGCUGCAACUUUGAAGGAAAUUUUACCCAAUGCUGAAUUUAGAAUGUGUGCCAGGCACAUCUGGUCUAAUUGGCAUAAAUAUAUAAAGGAGAGGAAAGGAGAAAAUAAUUUUGGAGGUGCUCUAAAGCUAGUUAUGAAGUUAAGUUUAAGGAGGAGCUUCACAAAAUGGACAAACUUGGUAAGGAUAUUUGUAGAGAUUUGUUAUAUUAUUCAGAAAAGUCAUGGGUUAGAGCAUAUUUUGAAGUGCAUUCCAAGUGCGAUGUUGUUGAAAAUAAUAUGUGUGAGACCUUUAAUUUAUAGAUUUUAGCUUCUAGUCAUAAAUCAAUUAUAACUAUGUUGGAGGAGAUUAGGAGAAAAAUAAUGACUAGGCAAGUGGAUAUGUUGAAAUUUGCUGAUACUUGGAAAUCUGAUAUAUCACCUAUGGCUAGGAUUCUGUUAGAGUAUAGCAAAGAGCUUGCUAGAAAAUGUACUGUCCUUUGGAAUGAUGAUGUUGGAUUUGAGAUUGGAGAAGGACUGCAUAAGCAUGUAGUUGAUCUGACUGAUAAGGUAAGCACUUUUAGAGCUUGGAAGUUGAGAGGUAUUCCAUGCCAACAUGUUGUUCUUGCAUACUAUCACAUAAACAAAGAACCUGAACAGGCAGUGGAGCAUUGGUAUAAGAGGGAUACCUUCUUAAAAGCAUACAAGUAUUUCAUCCAGCCUAUGACAAAUAUGAAGAUGUGGCCUGAAACCGACAAUCCAAAGAUAGAGCCUCCCAAACCUAAACCCAUGCCUCAUAGACCUCAUAGGAAUAGAACAAAAGGCAAAGAUGAACCAAAAAAGAAAUAUGGAAAGUUGUCCAAGUGUGGAGUGAAAAUGACAUGUUCCAAGUGCCAUCAACAAAGACAUAACAAAAGAUAUUGUAAGGCUUAAAAUUGGAUGCCUUCACAGUAAGGUAGCCAAAGCUCACAAGGAGCAAGCCAACCUGCUGCAGCAAGAAGCUCAAGCCAACCUGCAACCUCAAACUCUGUUUGUGAUGAUACAAUAAGAGUUAGAAGGGUUCAUGAAGCUAGAAGCUCAAGUCAACCACCACCAACUUCAACAGAUUCGUGCAGGCCUGCUAGAAGAGGAUUAGCUAGUCAACUUCCUCCAAAGGGUAAAGGAACUAUUGUCCAAAAAAGAUGAAGGGGUGCAGGUAAAGAAGUUGCUGAAAAAGGAGGAGAAAAAAAGGUCCAAAAAAUGUUGGAUUUGGCAUCUACACAGCUGCAAGUGGAACUCAAAUACUAAAUCCCGUAACAUCAAGCCAAAAAGUUCUUGCAAGUGGUUCAACUUAUAAGAGUGCAGCUCCAACAGGAAUAGACCUUGGUUUUAAGGCUAGAGGCUUGAGGUGGAAGGGUCAUGAUGCUGUCACAACUUCCCAGUUGCAAUAGCUGAAGGCAAACUUUAGCAAGAAAUAGUAUCUUAUGAACUUAUUUUUUGACUAUCUGAUUAUGUAGCAGCAAACAAUUAUCUAUAGCCAAGGUCUAUUCUUGACUCUAAGGUAGCAGCAACCUAUUAUAUUUUGGGAUCUAGUUUUUGAAGAACUAAACUCUUAUGAUUCUAUUAUAACGACAC